AUGGCCAUCGCGCCUUGCGCCUCGCGGCCAGCACACGGCCUCUCCACGGCCGUGGGCAAAUCGUUGGUCUUCUUCAAGCUGCCCGCUUUCGAGAGGCUCAAGUUUGCAAGACACGAGCUCUUGAUCAAGAGCUCCACGCUCAUACAGGCGCACUGGAGGCGGAUGAUCCAGAGAAAGACCUACAAGGCCAUCCUGGUGUACGCGCGCCACAUCCAGGCCCUCAUGCGCGGCAAGCAGGCCCGCGAGGAGCUGCGCGCGUUCCAGCAGGUGCACGCCGCCUGCAGGCUGCAGGCGUUCGCCAGGAAGCUCGUAGAGAAGUCAAAGUUCCGGGCGAUUGUGAAGAAGAUCAUCAAGAUCCAGGCCGUUCGACGUGGGAUGAAAGGUCGUCGCUACGCCGCCGAGUACAAGAAGCACUACAGCGCCACCCAGAUCCAGCGGUCAUGGAAGCGUCGCCAGGAGUCGAGGCUCUUCAACACGCUCCGGACUGCGAUCAAGGUGGCGCAGCAGCGCUGGAGAAUGCACCAUGCGAAGACGCAGAGGAAGGCGCUGGCGCAAGAGCAGAAGGAAGCGGGGGCCCUCAUGGCAAAGAACCAGAAGGCGAUGGAGCAGCUGGCCGAGACUCGCAAGAGGAACGAGGAACUGGAGGCCCAGCACCUGAUGCUGCAGUCCGAGAAAGACAAGCUGGACCAGAGGGUGAAGCAGCUCGAAGAAGAGGUGCAGAAGAAGGUGCAGGAGCUGGAGGCGGAGAAGAAGAACUCCGAGGAGCAGGCCAGGCUUGCGGCCGAGCAGGCGGCCGAGAUGAUCGAGCAGCAGAAGGCCCUGGUGAACUCGAAGGAGCUCGAGGAGAAGGACGCCGAGCUGGCGAAGGUGAACGCCGAGCUGGCCAGUACGAAGGAGAUGCUCGCCAAGAAAGAGGAGGACCUACAGCAGUCCGACUCCCGCUACCAGUCUCUGCUGAGGAACACUGCGGCGCAGUCGAUGGCGAACUUCAAGGGGCCGGCACCACUUCCGUCCACGACAGGCGGCGCCACCAUCAACCGGAGCGUCACCUCCAACAGGAACGUGUUCAUCCAGCUCAUCGGUGCCGCGGGCGUCGGGAAGACCAAGCUGCUGGAGGCCCUGAUCAGGGAGCUCGACCCCUCUCAACUGCCGAAGGUCAGCGAGAUGGAGACGAACCUGCUGGCACACCACUGCUUCCAGGUCGGCGACCGCACCAUCAAGGUGCUGGACUGCAAGUCGAACGUGCGCGCCCAGCAUCUGGUCAAGGAGUGGUUUCCGCGCUCUCAGUUCGUCUUCCUGGUCUACGACCUGUCCAGGCCCGAGACCUUCGACUACGUGCUGGAGCACCUCCCGGAGGUUUCGCAGGCUCGCGCGAAGCCGGUCCUGUUCGGGAACAAGUGGAGCAUCGAGAACGAGAACAAGCAGCUCAAGGUCGACGUGACCCAGGCCAAGGACAGCGCCGUGCGCCACGCGGGCUUCGCCCAG